AAACAUUUUUUUCAGGUCAUGUUUAUCAAAUCUUGCCUGGUGCAGAUGUUGUCGAAUCAUUUGCAGACCACUACCUCAACAAAACAACUGUCAAAGAAGCUGAUAUAUUCUCAAUAUGGAAGCAACAAUUUGUUAACGCACUCAUUGUACCGUUCUUCAUCUUCUCUAUUAACCCAUUGUGCACCAAAGUUCUAUGAAAACACAAACUUGAACCCCAAGUAUUUAAGUUUUCUUGCUCUUGAUCAUUUACAUUUUCAAUUGGUACACAUAUGUCUUUCAAAUAUGGAGCAGUUGGAAGACGCCAAAUCCAGAAAACUUGAUGGCACAUGCAUUCGGACCACACGUAUUUUCUGGAAAUUACUUGUAGCACCAUGGAGGCUUCUCUUUGCAUUUGUACCUCCCUAUCAGAUUGCCAAUGGCUGGCCUGCCUUCAUAUGCUCUUUGAUCUUCAUCAGUGGGAUAGCUUACGGCGUCACACAGCUCACAGACCUAAUAUCCUGUGUUACAGGAAUAAGUCCUUUUGUCAUUGCAUUCACAGCAUUGGCAGCUGGGACUUCGUGGCCUGAUCUAGUCGCGAGCAAGAUUGCUGCAGAACGCCAGCUUACCGCCGAUUCGGCCAUCGCUAACAUCACUUGCAGCAAUUCGGUGAACAUCUAUAUAGGCAUUGGGGUUCCAUGGCUGAUAGACACGCUGUACAACUUUGUCGCGUUCAAGGAGCCAUUGCGGAUACAAAACGCAAAGGGGUUGAGCUUCUCUUUGCUCAUCUUUUUUGCCACCUCGGUUGGGUGCAUCGGUGUGUUGGUUUUCAGGCGAGUGACUUUGGGUGCCGAGCUUGGCGGUCCCAGAUUGUGGGCAUGGGUUACCUCUGUGUAUUUUGUGUUCCUCUGGCUUGUCUUUGUGGUCUUGUCUUCGCUUAAAGUCUCUGCCAUCAUAUAAGACAUUGUUCCAAUGCUUAUAGUUAAUGGUUUAUGGCAACCAAACAUAGUAUAUACUCCGUACAGAAAUAGUAUGAUGAAUGUAAAGUGUAAACAUUGCCAUGUACAAUAUAAUACGAUUUGGUCU